GGCGAGCCGGGGUGGCGGUCCCGCCGCGCGGCCGCGUUUCCUCGGGGAAGGCGCAGCCGGCGGCUCCCGCCGCGCCCAGCACUUCCUGCGCCGCCCUCACCCCCCCGCCGAGGCCGGCCAUGGCGCGGCCGGCGGCCGCCUACGAAGCGGCGGUGCCGCCCCGCCCCGCCUGCGCCUACACCAGCUGCUACUGCGAAGAAAAUGUUUGGAAGCUUUGUGACUACAUCAGGAGUCAGCAUCAAUACCCUUUAGAAGAAUUUUAUGCGGUUUUCAUAUCCAACGAUAGCAGGAUGAUUCCACUCUGGAAGCAGAAAUCAGGACAUGGAGAUGAGCCUGUUGUCUGGGAGCAGCGUACACUUCAGUUUAGCUGUCCAAGCUUAAAUGAAAGGAGGCUGCAAAGGAAUGGGGAGAUCAUCAAGGUUUCUUCAAAAGCACAGUGGGACUACCAUGUUAUUCUACUUCAUGUUUCCAGUGGGAAGCAGAACUUCAUUUAUGAUCUUGACACAGUGUUGCCGUUUCCAUGUCCUUUUGACGUGUACAGUGUGGAGGCCUUUAGGUUGGAUGACAGCCUUCGUCCAGAAUUUCACAGGAAAAUCAGAAUGAUUCGAGCAGAUUUGUACUUGAAGACGUUUGCUUCAGACAGAUCUCAUAUGAAGGAUGCAAAUGGGAAAUGGCAGAAACCUCCCCCUUCAUACCCUUGCAUUGAAACUGCAGAUGGAGAAAAGUGUGGUGAAGUCUUGCUUUGAAAGAGUUUUCAUGUUAUUGCUCCGCAUGUUUGGUUUUGUUGCUUUUUUAAUAAGGCAGUACUGCUAUGUAUUUACGUUGGAGAAGGCGGGGUCAAAGAAACAUGUUGUGUGUUUAGGUCCAAGUUUAUUGUGGGUUUAAGUUUCUGGGAAGUUAAUUCUCAAUCUCUGCUUUGGCUUCUAAGGAAGCUUGGUGUUUCACACUAGAGUAGAAAUGAAUUAUGAAUGUGGGCAGGAGCACAGAUGUGGUCUUCAUUGUGAAGCUUUAGGUGUUUUCUAGACAAUCCAGGUUAUGAAGCAUCUUAAAUUGUAUGUCUUGGUCCUUAUCUCCAAUAAAGCUUUAUGCAAAGGUAGUGUAGUGAGUGGAGAAUGCCCGAGCUGCAAUUCACGGUUCACUGUUAGCUGGAGCCCGCUAGGAGCUAAGGACUUUUUGCCUGUGGAAACCUUAUUGUUCUGGUAGUUGAGAGCUAAUGAAAGUGUGAGGAAUAUAGAUCAGGCCAGACCAGGAAGGUGAAAAAAUUCUACUCAAAAGAGUAGAAAACAUUACUUGUGGAUAGUAAGUUACAGAAUGACUCAGUUGCAGAUGUGUACAUGUACCUCCAACUACAGUGAAUGACUCCAUAGCUGCAAACCCUGUAACUCUCCCCUUACCUGUCUUGCUUGGCCAAGCUUUAACUUACUGACGAGCAGCAGCCACAUGGUCUCAACCAACCUCCAGAUUGUCUCUGUGAUGUUGGUAGUUAGUGAAAGAUACGUAGAUCUUAAUUCCUCUUAUGCUUUAUUUCUUUGCUCUGUACCUUGCCAUGCUGAAAGAAACAUCCAUAGGUCAUCCAGUCCAACACCUGCUCAAAACAGGGGUUCCUUAGGGCUCUGUCCAGUCUAGUCUUGAACACCUCCAGGGAUGGAGAUUCCACCACCUUUCUAGGCAAUCUGUUCCAAUAUUUGACCACCGUCAUGGUAAAAAUAAAAAAUAAAAAAAUCCUAGUAUGUAACCAGAAUUUUCCAUG